AUGACCGACCGGGCCCCCUCACCCACCCCCUCUGAACGCGCCCGCCAGGACGCCGAAGACCGCAAGCGCGAAGAAGCAGAACAGGCCACCCUGCCGUACAAGUGGACGCAGACGCUCGAGGAGGCCGAAGUCAGCGUGCCCAUCCCAGGCAACCUCAAGGCUAGGGACCUGGUCGUGGACUUGAAGAAGAAUCACAUCAAAGUCGGAGUGAAGGGGCAGGAUGCCAUUAUUGAUGGCGACUUCCCGCACCCGAUCCAAGUUGACGACUCGACGUGGGUACUGUCCACGAGACCCGACGGCGGCAAGGAAAUCCUCAUCACGCUCGCAAAGGCGCGCGGCUCCAACUGGUGGGCGCACAUCGUCACGUCCGCGCCCAAGAUCGACACCACCAAAAUCGUGCCGGAGAAUUCCAAGCUGAGCGAGCUGGACGGCGAGACGAGGGGCAUGGUGGAGAAGAUGAUGUACGACCAGAACCAGAAGGCCAUGGGUAAACCGACGAGCGACGACCAGAAAAAGGACGAGAUACUCAAGAAGUUCAUGAAGGAGCACCCUGAGAUGGACUUUUCGAAGGCGAAGAUCGGGUGA